AUGACUCCCCAGGAAUCACCUGGUGCCGGCGUGGAGUGGAUCAGCUCGCGAACCGCCCCAGCCACCUCCGGAGUCCUGCCGCGGUCGCCAAAAACUGCUGCCCGAUCCCAAAGAAAUGCCGAGAGCGCGGUGCCGUCCGCACGGGCGGAGAAGCCUCCCCUGGAGCAGCUGUACCGGGAGGGCCCGCUGCUGGGGAGCGGCGGCUUCGGCAGCGUUUACGCCGGGACCCGGCUCGCCGACGGCGUCCCGGUGGCCAUCAAGCGAGUGUCCCGGGACCGCGUCUUGGAGUGGGCGCGGCUGCACGACGGCGCCCUUGUGCCCCUGGAGCUGGUGCUGCUCUGGAUGGCGUCGUGGCCCGGCUUCCGCGGCAUCGUGCGGCUCCUGGACUGGUUCGAGCUGCCCGACGGCUUCGCGCUGGUCAUGGAGCGUCCGGAGCGCUGUCAGGACCUCUGGCACCUGCUGCACGCGGGGGGGUUCCUGCCAGAGCCCGUGGCGCGGGCGCUGUUCCGGCAGGUGCUGGGGGCCGUGCGGCACUGCACCAGCCGCGGCGUCCUGCACCGCGACAUCAAGGCCGAGAACGUGCUCGUUGACCUGGCCACCGGCGAGGCGAAGCUCAUCGACUUUGGCUGCGGCACGAUCCUGCAGGACACGUUCUACACCCAGAUGGCCGGAACGCGGGAGUACUACCCACCGGAGUGGAUCCUCUUUGGCCGCUACCAUGGCCAGCCAGCCACCAUCUGGUCCCUGGGCAUCCUGCUCUAUCAGCUGGUGUGCAGGCACCUUCCUUUCAAAAGCAGAGAGGACAUCGUCCGGGGACAGCUCUUCUUCCCGCCCCGGGUGUCUCAAGAGUGCCAGCACCUGAUCAGGUGGUGCUUAUCCAUGGACCCUGCAGACAGGCCAUCCUUGGAUGACCUUUUAGAACAUUCUUGGGUGCAGAAGCCCCACCUGGCCCAGGAGACAGCAGAGGCCACGAUCAAGCAGCAGCGUCAGAGUGAAGAAGUCUGA